AUGAUGAGCUGGUGGUCAUCCUCGGCCAACACGGCCCUGGAUGAGCAGAUUGAGAAGGCGACGAGCAGCAGCUUGGAGGACAUCGCCUUGAACCUCGAGAUAUCCGACAUCAUCAGAUCCAAAACCGUAGCGCCCAAAGAGGCCAUGCGAUCCCUCAAGAAGCGAAUCGGAAAUAAGAACCCAAACACCCAACUCAGUGCCUUGAAUCUCACAGACACCUGUGUCAAGAAUGGCGGAUCGCAUUUCCUGGUGGAGGUUGCCUCGCGCGAGUUUAUGGACAAUUUGGUAUCACUACUGCAAGCCGUGGGAGCCGUUGCAGUCAACGCCGACGUAAAGACCAAGAUUCUUGAGCUUGUGCAGCAAUGGGCAGCAGCCACUGAGGGCCGACACGAUUUAUCCUAUAUCAACGAGGUUUACAGAACAUUACAGCGAGAGGGAUAUCAAUUUCCUCCUCGAGUAACGGUGGCGAGUAGCAUGAUUGACAGUAGUGCGCCUCCCGAAUGGGCCGAUUCAGACGUUUGCAUGCGCUGUCGAACUGCCUUUACGUUCACGAAUCGAAAGCAUCACUGCAGAAACUGUGGCAACUGCUUCGAUCAGCAAUGCUCCAGCAAGACGAUCCCACUACCACAUUUGGGCAUUCACGCACCGGUCCGAGUUGACGAUGGUUGUUAUGCGAAGCUGACGGGCAAGGGAUACAGGGAACUCGGUCCGCCGGAUCGGUCACCCACAUACCCGCACAAAACUCGAAGCACAUCGGCCAUGCAGCCUCGGAAUGCGCGUGUGGAUGAUGGUUUCGACGAAGAUUUGAAGAAGGCACUCGCGAUGAGUUUGGAAGAUGUCAAGAACAACUCUAGAGGCUAUGUGGAACCGGCAGAAAACAGGGCUAGAGCCACAAAGGACUCGUCAAAGCUAGAGGAAGAGGAGGAUACUGACUUGAAAGCCGCGAUUGCUGCGUCUCUAGCCGACAUGGAGGAACAGAAGAAGAGACAUGCCGCUGCACUAAAGGAACAAACAUCAAACCGUCCUACCAGCUCAUCAUCAACGCCGUUUGUUCUCCCCAAGAACGACUACGAAUUGACUCCUGUUGAAGCCGAGAACAUCAACCUCUUUGCCACACUGGUGGACCGUCUCCAAACCCAACCACCAGGGACAAUAUUACGCGAGCCGCAGAUUCAGGAACUUUAUGACAGUAUUGGCACCUUGCGCCCGAAGCUAGCAAGAACGUAUGGUGAAACUAUGAGCAAGCACGAUACGCUACUUGAUCUCCAUGCCAAGCUGUCCACCGUGGUUCGCUAUUACGAUCGUAUGCUGGAAGAACGCCUUUCAAAGGCCUAUAGCCAGCAGAAUCUAGGUGGCUACAGCCUACCGCCUCCUCGCCAGCCCACAAGUGCAUACCCUUCUGUGCCGUCACAAGCUCACGCCAAUCCUGGUGUCGCUGAAAGCUUCUACACGGGGCAAGUGCCUCCUCCAAGUUUUCAAGUCCCUCCCGCUCAAUCGUAUCAACAACAGCAGGUUCCACCACAAGCAACUCCUCAGCCUCAAUUCGCUUCCUAUAGCCAGCCUACGGAGCCUCAUUCAGGCCAGUAUGCGCCGCCUCAGAGAACGAGCAGUUGGCAGACACGGGCUCCAUCUGUCCCUCAAGACCCGUAUCAUCCGCAGCAGGCUCCUGUAGUAGAACCAGCGCAAGGAAUACAAACGCCCCAGCAGGCUCCCGCCUCACCGUCGACAGAGCGCCGAGGCUCGUACUAUUUCGGCACUCAGCAACAGCACUCGGUGCAAGUGCCCUCUGGCCCGUCUGCACCUGGGCCAGCUCCGGACUCAACUCCGUCGCCAUAUCCUAGCCUCCAGCAUUCCAUGCAGUAUCAGCAGCCAGCUUCCACUACUGCACCCAGCCAAGCAACACCGAUACAAUCCCAUGCUCAGCCAGCCCAGGCAGGUCGUCGGCCUUCCCAAACCCAAACCCAGUCUCAACCGCAAAGCCAGCAAGUUUUGGUCCCUCAGCAGCAGCAGCAGCCCACGGCGCAGCAGCAGCCAGCUCAGCAGCAGUUCUGGCACCAGCCUGGUGCUCACCAGUCCACCGAACAAACUCCUCAGCAACAGCCAGAGGCUCCUCAGUCAUGGGCUUAUACCGGAUACGCGCAGCCUACAUUCCCGUCGGUACCACAACAUGAACCCAUGAAGAAGCCUGUACAAGAGGAAGCGCUAAUUGAGCUGUAA